CUUGGCCUUUGAUUUGAGCACUGAAGAGGUGCAAAGGAACAGGAUUUAGCUCUAGGUGAUGGUGUUGCUAAAAAAGCCAUCUUUUAGGCCUUGGGAUGUUGAAUACGGGCAAGAAGGCCCUUGUUUUAUUGAGGGGUUUCUCAAAAAUUGAGUUAUCAAGGUUAUUUGGUGUAGGAGCCAGGGAAGAUUUUCUGUGGUCAAACCGUUGAGAGACAGAGAGCCAGCUUGGCAAAGGAGAUGAGAACUGAUAAGGCGGUGGGACUAGGUCAUAUCCGUAUGGCCGAAACUGAGACUGACUGCGGCCGGCUCAGCAGCAACAAGCAGUGCUUCACUCUUUGCUUCUUCCCAGCAAAUUGUAUCUGCAACACGUUCUGCUUCAAGUAGUAAUACCAGCGUAUCUGUUGCAAGCACUUAUGUUUCCAACUGUAUGGGAGCUUCCUUGAGAAGAUGUUUUCCAGUUAAACGGAAGAUGGCUAAGAUUUCCAGAAUUGUUACAGCUGCUGCGUCAGUUGCAGCAAGCCCUGUAGAAGAAGUUACAGACUACAAACUCCCAACAUGGGCUGAAUUUGACCUUGGAAGAGCUCCAAUUUAUUGGAAAACUAUGAAUGGCCUUCCUCCAACUGCUGGAGAGAAACUAAAGGUUUUCUACAAUCCAGCUGCAAACAAGCUUGUUCCAAAUGAAGAAUUUGGCAUUGCAUUUAAUGUGUGUAGAGACAUUUCUGCUGCAGGAGGUUUCAAUCAGCCAAUCAUGUGUGGUGGUGAGCCCAGGGCAAUGCUUCAGAAAGUUCGAGGCAAAGUUGAUCCACCGAUCUACACUAUCCAGAUAUGCAUCCCAAAGCAUGCUUUGAGUUUGAUUUUUUCAUUUACAAAUGGAACUGAGUGGGAUGGUCCAUACAGACUGCAAAUUCAAGUUCCAAGGCCAUGGAGGAAUAGACCUAUUGAAUUUUUCACUGAGGGCCUUGCACAGGAGCUGAGUAGAGAUGGUGCAUGCGAAAAAGCAAUCUUUCCAGAUACAAAUGUUGUUGCCACGAGAUGUGCUAUGAUCGGUAACUUAUCCGUGGAAGGAGGAGAUCGUUGCAAUCUCGAUUUUGUGGUUGGAUGCACUGAUCCUAGUUCUCCCUUAUUUAAUCCACUUGCUAAUGUGGACGAUGGCUCUUGCCCUCUUGACUCAGACUCGAGGAUUAGCAGCAUACAUAUUGUGUCUGAUCCUGAUUACAGACGGAGUACCAAGUAUGGAGAAUGCCUUAUUAGCAGUGUUAGUAGAGAUCUCCAUUCAGUGUAUUAAUUCUCCUGAGUUUGUCACCUAUUGUUAGUUCGUGAAUCAGAGUGGUUUCUUCUCA